AUGGUCUUGGGGAAGCAGAAAGGGUGGCGUGGACAUAGGAAGAGUAUAGAAGAACGUGGGGGGCUUGACCGAGAGGGUGUUGGUGCGCAGAAGGCUGCAAGAUUAGAACGAAAAAAACAAAGAAAGAAACCGAAAAGAGACCAACAAAGCACGAAGGAAAAGGAAAGUUUUGUUGAAUGUAAAAGAAUGGUUACAUUGCCCCGCACAAAGGAAGCAGCAGCAGCAGCAGCACCUAUAGACCCUAGGGAAAUGAUACAGGAAGAUCAAGGGCAGUGUUCUUCUCAAGCGAUCAAUAACUACCACCAGGCCUAUCAAGAGCAGCUUCUCCUUCAGCAGCAGAUGCAGCAACAAAACAAUGAUAUCUUUGGUGGAGGCGGAGGAAGAGGAGGAUUGAACAUGUACCCUGCUGAAGUCUCUCCAAUCAUGCAUAAUCAGCCUUGGUCUAUGCCUCAUCAUCAGGUUCAUCACCCCUUCAACCCGGUGAGAGAGCAUGACCCUUUUCUCGUCCCUCCCCAACCUUCACCCUAUGCAAGUUUGUUCAACCGAAGGGGUCAUUCUCUUCAGUUUGCAUAUGAUGGUUCAUCUUCUGACCACCUUAGGAUCAUAUCUGAUACCCUUGGACCGGUCGUUCAACCCGGUUCAGCACCCUUCGGCCUCCAAACCGAGUUGGCUAAGAUGACUGCUCAAGAAAUCAUGGAGGCUAAGGCCCUUGCAGCAUCCAAGAGUCACAGUGAAGCUGAAAGGAGACGCAGAGAGAGAAUCAAUAACCAUCUUGCCAAGCUGCGAAGCUUGUUGCCUAGCACAACCAAAACAGAUAAAGCAUCAUUGCUAGCAGAAGUGAUUCAGCAUGUGAAGGAGCUGAAGCGUCAAACCUCAUUGAUAGCAGAAUCGAGUCCGGUUCCUACGGAGGCCGAUGAGUUAACAGUGGUGGACGAAGCUGAUGAAGAUGGCAAGUCUGUGAUCAAAGCCUCUUUGUGCUGUGAAGAUAGGUCAGAUCUGUUCCCUGAACUAAUCAAGACCUUGAAAGCAUUGAGGCUAAGAACCCUUAAAGCUGAGAUCACUACGCUAGGAGGGCGUGUGAAGAACGUGCUGUUCAUCACUGGGGAAGAAGCAGACUCAAGCAGUGGCAGCGAGGACCAUAACCACCAGCAACAGUACUGCAUUAACUCAAUACAAGAAGCACUUAAGGCAGUGAUGGAGAAGAGCGUAGGAGAUGAGUCUGCUUCUGCAAAUAUUAAGAGACAAAGGACCAAUAUAAUAUCAAUGUCCUAG